CCAAGAUGGAACGAAUACGUCAGUGGAUCCCACAAGAUGCUCUUUCUGCACCUAUAUCAUGUGCGGUCUACUCCUGCAACAGUCAACUGGUAUAUGCUUCCUUUUGUGAUGGUAACAUUGGUGUGUUUGAUGCCGACUCCCUAAGAUUGAGAUGCCGCAUUGCCCCAUCAGCGUAUUUAUCCCAGGCAUUAGUUAACGGAAGCCAAGCCAUAUACCCGCUCGUUGUUGCAGCUCAUCCACAGGAGCCCAACCAAUUUGCUGUUGGGUUAACAGAUGGGUCUGUUAAAGUGUUGGAACCGACAGAAUCGGAAGGCAAGUGGGGAAUUCUUCCUCCAGCUGAUAACGGAAUAAUGAAUGGUAGAACAGGUUCCUCAUCCACUGCUAGCAACCACGCCCCUGAUCAACCCCAAAGAUGAAGUCUUGAUGACAUUUGUCAUGUGUAUUUUAUCAGUAUAGAUUUUAGGGUUUUUUUCAGUCCGUUUUCUGUGUACUUUAUAAGUUUAGAUUCGACAUGGACACAGAUUUUCAUAGUUUCCUGCUACAUCUGUUCAAUGUGUCUUGGUUUCCUGACAUUAAAUUAUCUAUACAUAUAUAUUUUCUUAACAUUA